AUGGUGGAGCUGCGCGACUCGCGCUUCCUGCGGGACGUGGCGCCCCCGCUGCGCGCGCCCGUUGGCAAGGCCGCGGCCGAGUCCCCCGAGGGCACGACCGCCAGCUCGGACGACGAGGAGAGCAACAACCACAGCCACGGCAGCAGCAGCGGGUGCGGGCGCCCGCCGCUCGGCGCCAAGGCCAGCGCCGACGAGCUGUUCCUCAAAAGUAUGCUGGGGCUGUUGAACAAGCGCGGCUACAACGUGCGCGAUUCGGCGCUCGAGACGUCCAUCGCGUCCUCGAACGCCAGCUUCUCGCGCUCCAGCAGCCUCACGAGCACGGGCUCCACCAUCUCGUCCGUGCUGCUGGCGCUGCGCGAGCCCAACCACGGCCAGACGCCGCUGCACAUCGCGGUGCGCAAGGGCGACGUGCAGGUGCUGGACGCGCUGCUGGAGCACGAGAGCAUCGAGGAGCUCCUGGACGCGCCCGACUUCAACGGCAACACGGCGCUGCACUUCGCCGCGGGCAACUGGAGGCAGCCCAUGUGCCUCACCAUCACCGAGAGGCUGCUGGCGGCGGGCGCCAACGUCAGCGCGCAGAACAAACGCGGCCUCACGCCGCUGGCCGUGCACAUGCUCACGCUCAAGAUCGACAACCCGACGCUGGUUGUGAAACUGCUAGAGGCCGGAACUGACCCCAACACGGAAGCCGAGGGGGUCGCCGUGCUGCACCUCGCGGCGCGGCGCGACUUGCCCGUCAUUUCGGGGGUCAUGGUGGCCUUUGGUGCCUCCAUGUUGUCGCUCAACACUGACGGACUCAUGUGCUAUGAAGUGGCGUCGAACCGCGUCAAGCAGUUCAUGGUCCGCAGUAUCAGCAAGGCGCCCGCCUACCUACCUAUGACGCAGCGCAGCACCUGCAUGCGCUGCAAGUCCCCGACGCUGAUCAACCCCAAGAAGGCCUUCGGGAACCUGAUGAAGAGGGUACUGGGCCUGCACAUGCGCGCCCACCAGUGCAAUUGCUAUCACUGCGGCAUGCUUUUCUGCUCGCAGUGCCUCAAGCCCUCGACCGCGGUAAGCGCUAUUCCCUUCGUGCGGGACGACGAGGACCCGGACGACAGGAUCAAGACGUGUCGGCUGUGUGAAGCCGUGCUCCUGGAACGCAAGAGGAAGCAGGCGUCGCAACACGCGUUCGACAUGCAUCUCAUGGGCUUCAACACAUCCGCAUAG